UUCCAGGACAACCGAAACAAAACGAGCCGUGUCGCUGACUUCGGAAAUGCACGAGCCCUGUAGCGAAAUGUAAUACUACUUUGGGGUAUUUUCUUUCUAUUGAAAAUGUAUGGAAAGACAGAAAGUGAGGUGAAGAAUGAUGGGGUUUUAGCGGCAGAUCCCUUCAAGGAGGAAGUUAAUGGUAAGGGGAAGCAAGGCGUUCGAGCUGAAAUGAAUGCAUCAGAUCAUGUUGAAGAAAACUCUAAUAAAGGGACCCGUGUAGAAGAAGAGACACGAUUGGAACCAGAAGAGAACAGUGGAAGCAAGUUCCAGGGUGUUGAUUACAUCAAGACAUGUGAAACGUUGGAUUUGAAGAAGAAUGUAGUGAUGGAACAGCCCCACGAGGAGUGUGCUGUUUUUCGAAGCAACAUUAUUAAUAAAAAUGGACCACUCAAAUUGCACUGGGAGACUCCAGUAGGCCAGAACACCAUUUGUACACAGGAGGAAGGCGACGCUGAAGAACAUAAAUCCACUUGUGCUCCUGCAGCUGUAGGAGCUACCAGCCCUAAAGAGACCACACUCCUCCAGGAGCUGCGUGAGGACAGGGAGAAAGCCCUCCGGCAGCGCGGCCUGCUGCAUGCAAAGCUGGCAGAGUUCUUCCACAAGAAAGCCAUGGACGACGGCCACAUGGGCAUGGACCAACCGCUGUUGGAGCAGGAGUACGAGAAGCACAUGAGCAUCCUGACUGACCUGAAGCUGCACGUCGCAACUGAGCCGCCGGCAGAGAAGCUGAGAUUAAAGUUCCAGGAGAAGCUGGACAUGGUGGAACGAGAAUGGGGAGAGUUGGUGGCAUUGGAGCAGCCGGUAGUGGUGGCAACACUGAGCCCAUGCCUGGGUAAACAGGCCGCUCAGCUUAAAGUGAGGGAAACCGUGGCAACAGAGGAGCUGCUGCAGGAUGAGCUGACCAAACUGCGCCUCAAGCACAUUCAGCUGAAGAUCAAGAUUCACAGACUGGAGACCGAGCUGCGCAAGGAGGAUGCACCUGACAGGGAGCCCCUACAUCUGCAGUUUGAGCAGCUGCAGACAGAGAGGCAGGAGCUGAAAAAACUCAAUAAAAAGCAAAAUGAGGAAUCUUCAAAGAUGCAAAAAAAGAUCAGCAGUAGUUUGGAAUUCCUGUCAAACGUGAAGGAGAAGCUGUUCUGGAGUCAGAGGGAGGUCCAGGCCCAGCGAGAGAAACUGGCCGAGCUGGAGGCCACGGUGUCACGGAAGAGGGACCGCCUGACCAGGACCAAGCAGGCCCGCAACAGCCUGCUGGAAGACAACCUAAGGCUGAAGGAGCGUCGUGGCCUGCUGGGGAACUGGGUCCUGCUGCGUGACUAUGAGGACACUGUGGACGCCUCCAAUCACCUGGAAGAACAACUGGACACAAUUAAAGCCGCCAACAACAUCUCUGGUACCAUCCACUGAGCAUCAGGGAUGUUGGUGACAAGAGGAGCCUGGCAAGAGCUAAAGGCAUAAGUAAAGUUUGCUUUUUGUGUCUUUUUGUUACAGUAUGCAUGCUCCAUAUUGUUGUCUGUAUUUCCUAACAGCUGACACUGUAAGUCUCCCAAGACAAAUUUCUUUCGGGACAAUAAAAUCAGAUCUAAGUGAAAUUGAAAUACAAACCUGUUGUACAAUGGCAAUAAAGAAUGUGACGAUAGAAACAGUUUAUCUCUAAUGGCAUAGCUCAUAGAUUUGAUGUGAAAUGUCAUUUUAAAACAUGCGGCGGGUAGGUAGUGACCCACAUAUGCUUUAGCACACUCUAAUGCAUUUCACAUGUGGUAUAUUCAACCUGUUUUACAUUAAAUGUGAUCUCAUUUGAGAAGCUUUCGACUGCA